CUAGUGAACAGAAAAGGCGGCGCGACCUUGGCAACGAGCGAUGAACUAUCUCUCCUUGCGGCGCUCCAACUCGAUCUCGUCUGCGAAUGAUGCAGGCGUGAAUCCCUCCUUACGAAGCAUCUACUCCAACACAAACUCGGGUCAUCGCGCACUCGUGUUCACUGUCCAAGUGCCCGAGCGCGGACCCCUCGGUCUUGACCUUCGCGCUCGAAACGUCACGAGCGCCCAAGGCCAGACAGGCGCCAUAGUGAAAGGGUUCCGGCCGGUCAAGGAUGGCAAACGGGGCUUCAUCGAGCUCACAGGGCGCGUCAAAGAAAAGGAUAUUCUGAUGCAAAUGCACACGUGCAAGGUCGACGACAUGCUCUUCGACGCCAUCGUCGAGCUGGCGGCGAGUCUUCAGUCCGAUCUGUCGGCAUGGCCGCUGCGUCUCGAAUUCCGGCGAGAAGCCGAGGAGCUCGAAGUCAAGCCCAAAGCACAGACGUUUACCAGCUUCCUUCGCAACACGAGCAUGUCGUUGGCGGGCUUCUCGUCCCCGCCCGCGCCGUCCAACGCCGCGCCGUCGACCGCCCCCCUUGUCGCAGCGCAAGACGGGACAUUCCAGGACAAGCUCAACUACUUUCGCGGGUUCUUCAAGGACCGCCUCCCCACGGAAUCGAAGCGCCCCAAGGUUCACACCCCCCCGCUGCCGUCAGAAGACCUCGUCAAUGAAAUGUACCGCGAUCUGCUGGUCAAGCGGAACGUCCCAGACGACGUCCUCGACGAGCUCGUGCGUAUCGAACAGCUCGACCAAAAGUGGCACAUUGUGUGGUCCGCCAAGCAAAACGAAAACGACGACAACAAAGUGUACAUUGCCGAUGCGAUCAAGCUGGCCGAAGCACUCGUGGAACUCAACUGGGACAACCGCGGACUUCAAGUGCUCGAGACGCUCCAGCGCAAAAUCGCGGCGGGCACACCCGAGUGGACGGACCAGUUCAUUGUGUCGUACGGGUUGGACUACCUUGCCAUGAAAAUGCCCGAGCCGUCGCCGUUCUCGAUUGAGCAUUUUUACAAAUCGUUUGACAAGGCAUCGCGGUUCUGCGAAGUAAUUUUGAAGAUUUUGCUGUCGCUUUCCCACUUUGCCAGUGGCAUCGACGCGAUUACGCAGACUUUGGGCCUGGUGGACCGGCUGGCGCUGUGUUUUCACACAGACAACGCCGACGUGAAGAAGUCGACGCUCCAAAUCCUCGGCAUAAUCUGCUACAACAGCGCCGAAGGACAUGCGUCAGUUGUGCACAGCUUUGGUCAGUACAUGGAAGCCAAAGGCGAGCGCGUGCGAUUCACAUGCUUGCGCGAUGCACUCAAGUCGACGCGAUACAACUUAUUGUUCAAGGAAGAUGUGCUGAGUUUUAUCAAUAUCCUGGUCAACAAGGGCCUCCGGGUCGAGUCUCGCGUAGCCAUCCGGCAGGACUUCAUGUCGCUCGGGAUCGGCGAGUACUUCGAAGAAAUCCGCGCCAAGUCCAACAACAUGUACAAGCAAGCGGCCAAGAUCAAGAAGAAGCACGCAGCAGCCCCAGCAAAGUCGAAAAAGCCCAAAGCAUCGGCUACGACGCCCCCCACGCUGCCAGUACCUCCGUUGGCACUCACCCGAUCCAGCACCAGUGCCCCGGUGCACACGAUUCCUCAUACUAGUAACGACGACAGCGUGCUACCUCGCGUGGACGAGGCCAAUACACUUGCACAUGACAAGGCAACUACCGGAGGCAAAGCAACUCGUCCCACAGAGGAGAACGUGGAGCCGUUGCUGGUGUUUUUGCCAGAUGUGCCGGGCGGCGCUGCUGCAUCUCCACAUGCAUUUGAUGGUUCUGCCACUUCAACCCCCCAUGUAUUGGUAGGGGAUGAUUUGGCGGGUGCAUCGCCGCUGCUCUCGUCGUCCGCCCCCCCCGUUGCUCGGCAAGUUGCUCUAGAAACGCCCACGACAACGGCCCCCCUCGACGCUAUUCCAGACGACGACGACGAUCAGGAGGAUCAUGCAAGCGACGAAGAUGGCGAGUAUUUCGCCAUGGACGAGUCGCCUGUGCAGCUUCAGAUCCGCGAACAGCUGGACAACGUGGAAAAGCAGAUCGAAGUGUUUGAGCUGUUCAUGGCCGACGAUCGCAAGGACACACUGUAUGGGAGCACAGACUUGAGCUGUAUGGAGUCUGUGUGGCGAUCUCUGUUGGGCCGAGUUGCCGUCGACGAGUUUACACGCGACUGUUUGCUGUCGAUCUUGCAGCAACUGCUAUUUCUGCCGUCAGAAAAAACCGUGCUUGGCAAGGAGAUGUGGGCCAUGUGCGAGCGCGUGACCAAGGACAUCGCGCUGCUGUCGCCCGUGGAGGAGGUCCGGCAGUUCGAGCUCAGCUUUCACGACCGCAAGAUGCUCAUGCAGGCCCGAGACAAGUUUUCUUCGUUUUUGGCCACGCAUGAGCCUGAUCAUGGCGUUCGGCAUAUGGGAAUUCCCAUCGCGCUCAUGGAAAAUAGACUGCACAGCGAUGACUUGAUGUCUGACACGGACAUGGAGUCGACGUCAGAGGAAAGCGAGGAGGACGAUGAGAUUGCCGCGAGAUUAGAAGCGUUCCGGAAACUGCGCGAUAUGGGCAUGCCCAUCGACCACUUGGCCAUAAAAAUGCAGCUGGAAAACCUCGACAUGGCCCUGCUUGACAAACCCAAACCAACAAGAAUCAUGGUGAAAGACCACGAUGAGUACCGCAAAUACGCCAAAUUAGUCAGUAUGGGCAUGCCGCUUCCCCACGUCCACAUCAAGAUGGCCGCGGAAAACCCGGCGCUGGACCCCGCGCUGCUGGCCACGCCAGAUAAAUGGAUUCCCGUCAACUCGGACAAGGAUGGGGACAAUAGUGGUGGUGGUGGUGAUGCGGCGGUUCCUUGUGGGAUCCGAGCCGACGAGUGUCCUGUACUAGUCAAGUUUUUCAAGCUCCAAAAGAUGGGCAUGCCACCCCCGCAGAUCCAGCUCAAGAUGCAAGCGGAGGGGUUCAACGGCGACCUGCUACUCGCUCCGGAUACGCUCGUGGGCGACGAUGGCCAGAAGGUGGUUCCCACAUCCGAGAAAGGGGAGGACAAGGAGGCGGCGGCCAUGGGCGUUCGCGCGGACGCGUGUCCGGCACUGAUCAAGUUUUUCAAGCUCCAAAAGAUGGGCAUGCCGGUGCCCCAGAUCGAGCUCAAGAUGCAGGCGGAAGGGUUUGACAGCGACCUGCUUUCGCAUCCGCAGACUAUUGUGGACGACGCGGGAAAGAAAGCCGUAGUGGCUCCAGAGCGUUCGGAUGGGACGACGCGGCGCGCCGACGAGUGCAUGGCGUUGGCCAAGUUCUUUAAACUCCAAAAGAUGGGCAUGCCGGUGCCCCAGAUUCAGAUGAAAAUGGAGGCGGAAGGGUUCGACCCGGCGGUCCUCGUGGCCCCCGACACGCUUGUCGGCGACGAUGGCCAUGUCAAGGUGGUUGCCGAUGGCGGUAUGCGGGCGGACGCGUGCCCGGCGUUGAUCAAGUUCUUUAAACUGCAAAAGAUGGGCAUGCCCGGGCCGCAAAUUGAGCUCAAGAUGCAAGCCGACGGGUUCGACCCUGCGUUGCUUGCGGCCCCGCACACUGUCGUCAACGACGCCGGCAAAGUCGAAGCCGCCGCCGCCGCCGCCCCCCUCGUCGCAGCCAAAGACCAUCCCGCAUAUGCAAAGUAUUUCAAGCUCAUGAAAAUGGGUAUGCCGCUGGAGCAAAUCAAACUGAAAGCGUCGAGCGAAGGCUUGAACACGGCGAUUCUCGACACACCAGACGCCAUGCUUGCUGAAGAUUUAACGUCGACAACAGAGCCGAUGCAGCCGAAGGAGGUGCGCGCAGCCGACCACCCGAGCUACGCAAAGUACUUUAAACUGCAAAAGAUGGGCAUGCCACCGCCUCAAAUCGAACUGAAAAUGAAGGCCGAAGGGCUAAAUGCCGACCUGUUGGGCGCGCCAGAUACGAUGAUCCCCCUAGUCGCCGACAACGCGACGCCGCCCCCCCCUAUCAUGGUGAAAGACCACCCUGAUUACGCCAAGUACCUCAAGCUGCAAAAGAUGGGCAUGCCACCGCCUCAAAUCGAACUGAAAAUGAAAGCCGAAGGUCUCACCUUUGCCUUGCUCUCUACCCCCGACGCCAUUGUGAAGCCAGCUGUAAACGGGUCCUUGGGGGGAGCCGCGAACGUGCUCAAGGUUGUCGCCAAAGCCAAAGCCAAACCCAAACUACGCAGCUUGUACUGGGAACCCGUGCAGGCCGAGGUUCAGACCACGUCGUUGUGGGCCAACAUCGCCCCCAGCGACCAAGGACCGGCCGACACGAAACACUUGAACGACCUCGUGACUUUAUUCGCGAGUGCUCCGCCGCCCAGCAAGGAAAAGACGGCCAAGAAGCCCGGGAUGAAGAAGAAGGCGGCUACGCGCAUUGGACUUAUCGAUGUUAAGCGCGCCAACAACAUUGGGAUCAUGCUGGCGCGGUUCCGGUUGCCGUAUGCGGAAAUCAAACGCGCCAUCUUGGAGAUUGACCGCGAUAUUUUAACCAGUGAAAAAGUCGCGGCACUGAUUCAGUUUGCACCCGAAGGCGACGAAAUGGCCACCGUCACCGCAUAUACGGGGGAUCAAAAGCUGUUGGGGGAUGCCGAACAGUAUUUUGUUGCGAUAGCGGGCGUCCCUCGCUUUCAAACUCGACUGCAGUCGUUGUUGGCCACGAUGCAAUUCGAUUCCAACGUCGAGGACCAACGCCGCUUGAUCACGAGCGUCGUGUCGACUUGCAACGAUUUGAAAACGAACGAAGCCAUUCCGGGUAUUCUCAACUUAGUGUUGCAAUUGGGGAACGCUUUGAACGAAGGCACUGCUCGAGGGGCGGCAUCCGGGUUCAAACUGAGCAUCCUUCUCAAACUCGUCCAAGUGAAAGCAGCCGACAACAGCAUGACCUUGUUGAACUACCUUGCCAAGAUCUUGCGCGAAAAAGAAGCCACGUGGCUGACGUUUAUUGACGCAAUUCCAUCGAUCCAAGAAGCCAGUCGCGUGACCCACCAAGUGCUCAAAGCAGGCGAAGCAGCCAUCCGAAAGGCGGCUGACUUGGCCGUUCAAGAGCUCGACGUGCACAAGAAACUGCCCAAUAUCGCCGACAACGACAAGUUCCAAGAUGCGAUUAGCCCGUUUGCAGAGAAAGCACAAGAAAUUUCUCAAGCGAUUGCGGCGGAAUUUGAAGCCAUGCAAGCCGACUUUAACGCGUGUGUGACGUGGUUUGGCGAAGACCCCGACGCCGCGGGCAUGGGUCCCGACUCAUUUUUCUCGAUAUUUUUGAGUUUUGCCCAAAUGUUGCAAGCAGCGGAUCGCGACAACGAGCGCAAGCGGAUCGCCGAAGAGCGCCGGAUUCGGCGCGAAGCCGAGACGAAGAAACGGAUGGACAUGCUGGCUAGCUCCAAGCAACAGCAAAAACAGCAAAAAGGACUCGAGUUCAGCUCGCUCAAGGCCGGCGACGCCCAAGACAUUGUCAAGAAAAUUCGAGGGAAGCGAUCCGAAGAGAAGCGAAAGGAACUGGCCGACCACGAGCAUGCGUCCAACCAAAACAGCGACUCGUUCUGCUCAUCGUCAAGUGGGAUAGACAAGAAGAAGGCGAGGGUGCCGCCGUCGAUUCCAGAAGCACACGGGGACGUCGCGUGACCGAUAUAUAUAGUAGAAGUCAACUUAUUUAACACUAGUAGUUUGCUGUACGAGGCAGGCAAGGUUGGA